UAAUUCAGGUCAUCUCCUAAAACAGAAACCUCUCGAGCUGCAUGCUUCACAUGGUUAUUCUUUUUCUGCAGUUCCAUGUAAGUUAUGAUAUCUCAAAUUCCGCUUCUUCAGAGCACUGAAUCCAGAAUAACUCUUCGGCCUUUACAGAACAAUUAUGGGCAUUCAAAAUACAUCCUAUUGCCGCGGAAUUCAUCUACUUCAAGGUCAUUUGAAAGAAAUUAUUCCCUGAAGAAAUUAAUACCCAUCCAAAAUGUUUCACGAAUUAUUAGUAAUUUGCAGCAUAGGAAUUCAAAUGGGAAAAUCUGUGGGAGAGAAAGGUGCACCCGGUACAGGCUCUCUUGCAUUUCCAAUGAAAAUGAUCGGCACCUUGCGGACAAAUGUACUGAAUUCAGUACAGAUAUCACACCAGGUAGUGCUGUGGAGAGAAUGGAAUCUAAGGAAAGUAUAUCCAAUGGUAAGGACAUGAUUACAACUGAAGAGGGCCACGCUGAAAAUCUAUCACUAAAUGCUGCCAAGGAUGAGGAAUUGGAAGACCAUAGUGUAAAACAAUUACACUUGGAGAAGUAUGAGAGUAUGUGUCAACAGAUGAAGGGUAUCGCCCUGUUUGCAGGGCCUGCUCUUGGAAUAUGGCUAUGCGGGCCUCUUAUGAGUCUCAUUGAUACAGCAGUUAUUGGCCACAGCAGUUCCUUGGAACUAGCGGCACUGGGACCAGGCACUGUUCUAUGCGACUACUUAAGCUAUGUUUUCAUGUUCCUACCUAUUGCUACAUCAAACAUUGUUGCUUCUUCUCUUGCUCGAAAGGAUGAAGUCGAAACACAACAACAAUUGUCGAGGAUGUCUUUUGUAGCAUUAGCAUGUGGGAUUGGGAUGCUUCUCCUUACAAAGGCAUUUGGUACUGUAAUGGUUCAUGCUUUUGUUGGCUUAAAGAAUGCUAGUCUAGUUCCUGCAGCGAACACAUAUGUUCAGAUUCGAGGCUUAGCAUGGCCAGCAGUCCUUAUUGGUAUGGUUGCUCAAAGUGCAAGCCUAGCUAUGAAAGACUCUUGGGGCCCUUUGAAGGUAUUAUCUGUCGCCAGUUUGUUAAAUGGCUUGGGAGAUAUUAUCUUAUGUAACAUAUGUGGCUAUGGUAUUGCUGGUGCUGCAUGGGCAACAAUGUUGUCGCAGUUUGUUGCAACAAUUUUGAUGCUUGGAUCAGUUAACAAGAAAGGCUACAAUGCAUUUGCACUCUCUGUUCCUUCCUCAAAAGAUCUCGUACAGAUUGUCCAACUUGCUGCUCCUGUAUUUAUAUCAUUGAUAAGUAGGGUUUUUUUUUUUUCAAUCGUUACAUAUAUUAUAACAUCAAUGGGACCUGACAUGCUUGCAGCCCAUCAGGUUAUGAUAGGAGUAUUUUCUAUGUGUACCAUUUUUGGAGAACCAUUGUCACAAACUGCACAGUCCUUUAUGCCAGCACUAAUUCAUGGUGUUGAUCGGAACCUGAAAAAGGCACGAUUAUUACUUCAAUCUCUUGUUGCUAUUGGAGCUGUAGCUGGUUUUACUUUGGGAUGCAUAGGCACACUUGUUGCAUUAUUUUUUCCUCACAUUUUCACAAGAGAUACUGCAAUAAUCAACCAGAUGCAUCAAGUGAUUGUUCCAUUUUUUAUCGGUCUAAUCAUUUCUCCAUCUAGAAACAGCUUGGAAGGAAGCUUGCUGGCUGGAAGGGAUCUGAACUUUCUCAGUUAUGCCACGGGUUGUUGCUUCUGUAUAUGUUGUCUUUUAUUACUGAUAUCUACCAAAAUAGGCCUUAGCCUACAAAGCUGCUGGUGGAUUCUCGCAUGCUUCCAAUGGGCCCGAUUUUCUUUUUUCUACAUGCGAUUGACAUCUUUCAAUGGGCCCCUAUAUGAUGGGAAUACUUGAGAUAAGCUCCAAAAGCUCAAGAUUACAUAAAGAAUGCUAAUUUUGUGCUACUAAAGGUGGCUCACGUAGUGAGUGGGAAUGGACAUGAAAGUACAGAUGGCUCACAUUUAUCACAAUUUAAUUCAUGACUUCAAUUGUCAUUAGAGGUUCCAUUGUCCUUGUAACACUUUCAUAGGAGUGAUUGAAAGAAAGAAAUUAUAUUAUUGUCGAUGAAUGUUGAAGAAAUUUGAUGUUGGUAACAUUUGAAAUAUAAUUUUCCAUUGAAAUGAAAUAUAGAAAGAAAUUAUAUUAA